UACAGCCGAAGCCAGCCCGCGGCCUGCCGCCGGGUGCACACUGCGGGGGCCAUGACGAGGCGUGUUCGGACGCCAGCGCUCUUGCCGGCGGUCCUCCUGGCGCUGUUGGCGGUAGUCAGCGGAGGCCGGAGGUCGGCGGCCCGCUGGUCCGAGGACCCGGCGCCCGCCAUCUACCCGGGACAGGCCAACGUGGCACUGUUGGCGCCGCUCAGGACGUCCGAGAACGGCACCGGAAAGCCCUGCGAGGUCCUCAGCCCGCGCCUGGUCCGCCUCGCCCUCGCCGGCAUCUGGGCCGCGCAGCAGGCCAACUUCAGAAAGGCGCCCACGGACUUCAACAUCGGCGUGUACCUGUACGACACGUGCGACAAGGACCAGGUAGCCCUGCGGCAAAGCUUCCGCGCCGUCCAGCAGGCGGGACACGUGAGGUCCAUGGCCUGCCCCAACACCAGGGUACCGCCCAUAUUUGGUGCCAUAUUGUACGGCGAUGCUCGGGUCAUGGAGACGACGGCCAAGACGUUCGCGUCCUUCUCCAUCCCAGCCGUGGCGGCCAGCGACCUCUACUCUGAGGGCGUCCCCCAUCUAGCAGACGUGUACAGCACGGCACCUUCGGCCGUCUCCCAGGCCAGGGAAAAAGAAAAACUUGUCACUUGGAAAUCUGUGAAUUUCUGA